UAGCAACACUGCUUGUCCAGAGUUAAGUGCAACUUACUUUAUUUGCGUUAUUAUUACUAAGCCCAUUUCUACAAUUACAUUAAUCAAGUAUGGCUACACCGUAAAAACGCAUCUUCCCUGGAUACCAAAAAUUGACAGAACAGCUCCGUGUCGUUAUUUAUGUUCCCGAGCUGCCCGUCCGUCUGCUCGCAAGCUAACCGACGAGCGCCGGUUAGCUUGCGAGCUAGCUGUCGGCUAGCGCCUCCCGCAACGACCCGGUGGGAUAUAACAUAGUAUAAAAUAAUAUAAUACAAGAGGCUUCAAGCAACUAAAAGUGCUAGACGCUAAGUGCGUCUACUUUUUAACCAUUUUCCAUCUAUCGUUUGGCCAUUUUUGGGAAGGGGAAGUGUAAAUUUGCUCGAGGAGACUGGUAGCAUAGUUGCUAACGACUGCAACAGAAAGGGAAGGGCCGCUCGCCGGGCUAGACUGAUGGGCCAACACACUAGCAAAGCAUUCUGGGAUGUGUAAUAUUAGUGGCGCGUGUGCUAUAUACUGGCGGGCUUGCUCUAAUACACAUUUAAUAUGGUCUUGCGGGCCAACUAUAAUUACAUCGUGGGCCUGAGUUUGACAUAUAUGAUGUAAAGUGUCCUCGGUUGACGUAAUAACGCCGAAAACCUAGAAAGUGACACUCACCUCGUAUCGUAGAUGGCGUGCAGCUUUUUGUUCCCAUCAACGGCGUUCCUGUAAAUAAAAUCAAAAUACAGUUGGAGCCCAUUAACAACCACAUCCAAUACGGAUAGUCGGGGUCUAAACCGUCUAGUCGAUGGGUCAGUUUUUACCACCGAUGAUUGUAGCUUGAAGACGAUUAAUCGGCAAUCGCAUGUUUUGGCAUGAACAGCACGGACGCCUCGCUGAAUUCUUCAGGCGGUCGGUCGGUGCGGCGGUGCCCCGCGCACAGUGGCGGUUCUAGACCACUUUUACUGGGGCCAGGGGUUUUGUCAUGGGGGGUACCGUUUUAAACAUGCGCACACACACACACACACAGUCCAAAUCGAUUUAUUCAUGGAACGUUUUAAUUGAAUUAGUUAAUUGUCUUUUUACAUUCUUUCUGAAGCUAGACAUCUUCUGUGCAUCACAUAUUCCCAUUUUGAUUGGCAGCAAAGAGCGGCGGAGAGGAAUACGCAACAUUUCAGCAACACAGCAUACAACAUUUAUUAUGUUAGGCUACUGUUGCAAGUUGGCUAACAACAGUUCUACAAGCCAAAAUCCUCACAUCAGCGAAUACAACGAUUUGAGAAAAAAGCUCGACAACGACAACAAAAGUAUCAAUUGUCAUCGAUUAAUCGACUCGACUGGCUUUAACUUAGCGUCAACUGCGAAAAAGUUGAAGUCGUUCAACCCCUGCAGACUAGUAAUGUUGUCUUUUAGGGGUGCGGUACAAUGUCUUGUUAGAAGUGUUCACUGCCGUGGACGUUUAUAUUUGUCAAUUAAAAAACAACACUUCACUGCCACCGGCGAAUAUAUUCGUCAAAUACGUUUUUCUACGGGUAGGCAUCGAAGAGGGUCUCUCCUAACUUGUCUGAAAUUCCAGCUUCUUCAUAACUGUAAUGACAAACAGAUGCCGGUAGAUGGCGGCGUUGCAUCACUUUGGAUUUGAAAUCAGCACAGGUUUUGAGUCGAAGAUUAGGCGGUGAAUCUUGGCUUGUCACGUCGAAUAUGAGAGAGAAAUGCCAACACGUUUGGAGGUCGGACACACUUUAGGCACCUCGAUCUCGAACAGUACAAUGAACGUCAAAGUUCCACAUCUUCUGGACGUUUUCAUAAAAAGCUUGUUGUUCCGCUUUUUUGCAACCCAUUUUCUACUGCUGGAUUACGAAAGAACCGAAGAAGGUGGAAACACACUUUUUUUUUAUGGUGAAAGAAGAUUAUAUUGUCACAGAACACAAUAAUAUUACAUGGGUCUUGGAAUGAAUGCUCUACAACAGUUUGGGGAACUCGGCAGGGAGUUAAUGAGUUAAGAAGAAUAAGUAUGAUUUCUUGACACGGGAACUUCGACACGUCACCUAACCCUACAGAGCCUUACCCCGAAGUCGGUAGUAGUAAUGAGCUACAUGGGAUACAUUAGUGUCAAUUAUUCCUAGAAAAUGCGUGUCAGAAGUGGGAUAACAAUAAGAAAUGGAUCCAAUUGCGUUAUCCAAUCACUCUCUCUCUCUCUCUCUCUCUCUCUCUCUCUCUCUCUCUCUCUCUCUCUCUCUCUCUGUGUCUUUCUGUCGCCUCCCUCCCGCCCUGCCCACAUCUUCGCCCUCCGCCACUGCGCACAUCCACACAGUGCUGCUUCACGUCCUCUCCUCCUCUCUUAUUCACCUCCUCAUCUUAUUUGAUGCGUUCCCCCCACCCCUCUCAAUUAUUUUUUUCAACGACGGCCAGCAGCAGUAGUGACGCUAUUGUAAUUUCGUCUUUUUUUGGGGGGGGGGUACUUUCUCCCGCCAGCUCUCCUCCCCUUUCACCAGAACGUUGACGGCAAAUUUGGAGCGCCGCGCCGGGAGAGCCUGCCGGAGAGCGAGGCUGGAGGACGAGAGGCAGUCGUGGUGGUGGCGGUCUCGGUCUUGAAGGAAUGGGCGAUGGAAUGCGCCGCGGCUUCGCAAUGAGACACGUGUGGCUCUGCAUCUUGCUCGCCGGCUUCACCUGCCGCCUGAGCCGUCAGCAGGAGGCGACGGGGACGCCCACCGAGGCGGAAUUGAUUAACAACAUCACCGUGUUCACGCGCAUCCUGGACGGACUGCUGGACGGCUACGACAACAGGCUGCGUCCCGGCCUGGGAGAAAAGGUGACGGAGAUCAAAACCAACAUUUUUGUCACCAGCUUUGGUCCUGUCUCGGAUACGGAAAUGGAGUACACCAUCGACGUGUUCUUCCGCCAGAGCUGGAAGGACGAGCGGCUCUGCUUCGAGGGCCCCAUGAAGAUGCUGCCGCUCAACAACCUGCUGGCCAGCAACAUCUGGACGCCCGACACCUUCUUCCUCAACGGCAAGAAAUCCAUCGCGCACAACAUGACCACGCCCAACAAGCUGCUGAGGCUGCAGGACGACGGCACGCUGCUCUACACCAUGAGACUGACCAUAUCUGCAGAGUGCCCCAUGCAACUGGAGGACUUCCCCAUGGACGCGCACGCCUGUCCCCUCAAGUUCGGAAGCUACGCGUACCCGGUGUCGGAGGUGGUCUACACGUGGGAUAAGGGUGCGGCCAAGUCGGUGGUGGUCGGCGAGGAGGGCUCCAGGCUCAACCAGUACCACCUGAUCGGCCAGACGGCCGGCACCGAGGACAUCUCCACCAGCAGAGGUCAGUACACGGUGAUGAUGGCGCACUUCUACCUGAAGAGGAAGAUCGGCUACUUCGUCAUCCAGACGUACAUGCCGUGCUUCAUGACCGUCAUCCUGUCGCAAGUCUCCUUCUGGCUCAACCGCGAGUCCGUGCCCGCACGCACCGUCUUCGGCGUCACCACGGUGUUGACCAUGACCACGCUCAGCAUCAGCGCCCGUAACUCGCUGCCCAAAGUGGCCUACGCCACCGCCAUGGACUGGUUCAUCGCCGUGUGCUACGCCUUCGUCUUCUCCGCCCUCAUCGAGUUCGCCACAGUCAACUACUUCACCAAGCGGAGCUGGGCCUGGGACGGCAAGAAGGCCAUGGAGGCCCAACAGCCCAAACGGAAGGACCCCUUGGCGCUGUCCAAGAAACCCAACAACGCCUGCGCCGCCGCCGGCGUCAACUACACGGCCAACCUGAGCAAGGACGCGUCCGUGUCCACCAUUUCCAACAGCACCUCGGUGCUGCUCAAGCCGGCCCCCGAGUCCAAGGGCGCCGACCCCAAGAAGACGUACAACAGCGUCAGCAAGAUCGACAAGAUGUCCCGCAUCGUGUUCCCGGUGCUCUUCGGCACCUUCAACCUGGUCUACUGGGCCACCUAUCUCAACCGGGAGCCCGUCAUUAAAGGAGCCGUUUAGAUGGAACU